AUGGGUGCGUUUUGUCGUAAUUACAUAUUUUUAAUUAGAUUGAUGUUACUCAUUUGUUUAAUAACGUUAGUCGGAAGCAUGUCAUUAACUCAAAAUUGGCCAAAAUUUUGUUUGAAAACGUUAUGGCCGUAUUUUAACAACAUCGGAGUUUUCAUGUCUUUGAUAACGUUUGAAUUUUCUACACUGAUAACGUGGAUAAUAUUCGAAAAUGCCAAUUGGGUUUUUUACACGCUAACAUAUUUCAUACACGGAUUUUUAUUAUUGACAAGCGGAAUUAUUUAUUUUACACAAUUUCAAAGCGAAUGCAGAAUGUUUUCGAGUAGUAAAAGAUUUUCAACAACGGAAAUUGUUUACGAAAUAACAAUUUUAUGCGUCGGUUUAUUUUACGUUAUAUUAGAAAGUAGUAUGGGAAUGUAG